UCCCUUUUCCACUGUUGCUGAGAAGAGACCAGUCUGUGAAAGCACGGGGCGCUCCUCGAACCAGAAGCUCUCCCGUCCCCUCCACGCUCAGGUGUGGAGGGUUGGCUGGAGCCCCGCCCUCCCGGCUCCCCUCUUAGCAGGGCUGUCUGUUGCUCAAUCGGCUCCCGAUUUCACAAUCGCACAUGGGUCGAUAGCCGCUUCAGUGCUGAGUUCCUCAAAUGUUUUCCUGUGUUUGCCAGGACCAUCCACGACUCUGAGUCAUGUGGAUGUGGGAAGUUGAGCUAAGGCAGUCGGGGCUAGCUGACAGUGAACGAGAGAGGGAGUGAGAGAGGGAGUCCCGCGUCUGGGCGCUCGUCCGCUCACUCGCUCGCUCUUGCCCGGGCUCGGGCGGCAGAGGCAGGCAAGGAGAGGAGUGUGGAGCCCGGCCGAGCCGGGGGCACAGGGCAGCGCGGAACGAGCGCGUGGAGCAGUCUGGGGAGCCGAGCGGGACGCGGAGACAGGCGCGGUGGCGGCUAGGUAGCGGAGCUGGGCGCUGGGCAGGCUGGGGAGCGCAGAGUCGGCUAGGCAGCGGAGCUCCCCGGGAUGGGGACUGGGAAUGAACCUGACAUGACGAAAGGACACAGGGAGGAGUGAGGCCAGCCAGAGGCUGGGGAGGGCCGUUCCCAUUGGAGAAUGGUGUACUAGAAGAGAAGUAAGCAUGCUGUCUGCCACCUUGGGACUCCUGGCCGUCCUGUUCUUGGCUUUUGGAGAUGGGCUGGUCCCAGAAGAUUGCCCCAGACUAGACGUGCCCCGUGAUAUACUGACCCAGGUGCCUGGCGCCCCCAUCACUCUGACCUGCCUGAAUGAGGAGCUGAAGAAUAAUGCCACCAUUCGCUGGACAUUGGAGGACAAGCCUAUAGGCCCACAGCUUGGUCAAAGGGAGAUGGUGGGGGGCAAGCUAUUACUGAGGUCCGUGCAGUACAGUGACUCAGGAAACUAUACAUGCUACGUGAAUGGCAGCCUGGUGAGGACCUUACCUCUGCUAGUUGUUGAUCCUCCUGAAGAGCCUGUGCUUUCGUGCCAUUGGAAGAGUUUCGUUAGCAGGAUUCAGUGCGAAUGGAGCCCCCAGAGGAAACCAUCCCCACAGACGGAGGCUGUCUUGUUAGUGAGGCAUGUACAGAAGGAAGCGAUGUUCCAGAAGCCAUGCCAAUACCUGCAAGGAUCACAGAAGUUCUCCUGCCCCUUUCAUCUUAGGCAAGAGGAUGACUCGCUCUACUUGGUUGUCUUAUGUGUCACCAAUGGGGUCAUGAGGAAGGUCAGCAAAGCCCAGCAAUUCAGGGGUUAUGAAGUCCUUCAACCAGAUCCUCCAACCAAUAUCACAGUCACAGCCGUGGACAAAAAACCCCAUCGCCUCAACGUCACCUGGAAAGAUCCGCCUUCCUGGAACUCCACAUACUACAGGCUCCAGUUUGAGCUCAGAUAUCGGGCUGAAAAGACCAAGGAUUUCACCAAGAUAAUGAGUAAGGAUCAACACUCAUUGAUUAUUAGCGAUGCCUGGAUGGGCAAGAGGCACGUGGUGCAGAUUCGAGCCCAGGAAGAGUUUAGUCUUGGCAAAUGGAGUGAAUGGAGCCAGGAGGUCACAGGCACCCCAUGGACAGAAACCAAGACCACUACCGUUGGGACAGAAUUAUUCAUCUCCACACAGGCGCCUACUACCCGGGAGAACUGCAUUGAGAGCCUUUCUCCAGAGAACCCUGAAGGCAUCACCAAUACUUUACCAGGGCCUGACUCUCCUCAUUCAUCCUACACAUUCUUGGUAGCUGGUGGAAGCCUGGUUUUGGGAACGAUUCUAUUCAUUGGCAUUAUCAUGAGGUACAGAAAAAAGUCGAAACUCACAGCUUUGAAAGAAGGCAAGCCAAAUGUGCUCCCUCCAUUUUCUUUGGGUCAACUGGUUUCUGAGAAGCCCCAAUCUACCCCGGUGCUGGUUCCCCUCAUCUCACCAUCAGUGUCACCCAGUAGCUCUGAGCCUACGAAUGCCCCAGGGCACAGCAGGAAAGACAUCGUGGAUCCCCCAAGUCCUUAUGAUGUUACCAACAGGGAUUACUUCUUUUUCCAGAAGUAGACCCCCAAAUGCAUGGAGCAUUUGGGCUUCAGGGAGGCUAAACUCCAUGGCAUGAAGGAGUGGAUUACCAAGGAAGAUGCUUCUCAACAUUUCCCUUUUGAUGAGUUGGUGCUUUAAGCUUCUCCUGCCUUAUUGUUUCAUUGGAGAAGCUAGACUGGGCUCCCUCAGAGAACCAAAACGUUCUUUGGGUCCAAGAAAAAUCUCCUAUGGUGAGGAGAUGAUAGGCUGGGAGCAAAUAAACUCACUUCAGCAAGCAGGAAGAAGAGAUCAUGCAUGGCUCAUGAUGCUCUGAGUAACUGGGUUGGGAAGCCUCCCCCUCCCAGAGAAAGAGACACAUUCAAACACAUAUGGAGAGCCAUAUGUGGAGAGCUCCAUAGCUACGCUCCCUCCACAGGAUGUAGAAGAGGAUGGGAAUUAGGAGCCAUCAAGUUCCAAAUAACAAGAAGACUCAAUGGACAAAAGCUGCUGGUGAUCUGGAUUCAACCAUCAACAUUCUCUCAUACGCAAGGCAUAUCCCUCUCCUCUUUGGGCAUGAUAAUUUCUAGCACAUGCGCUAACUACCCUGUCACUUCCUAUGGGCAAAUAUCCUUGCCCAAUACACACUUUUCACCAUCC